AUGGAAGAGGAUAUACCACAAUUGGUGGUCGAUUUACCGGAGAAUGAAGUAAUUAAAACCGAAAGGGUAACAACGGAGCCCACCUCACUGAUGAACCUGACGACUGUAUCGUCAACAAGGAAAAUACCCAUUACGAUAAUCACUGGUUAUCUCGGAUCUGGCAAAUCUACCUUACUCAAAAAGAUUGGAGAAAAAUCCAACAAGCGACUAGCUAUUAUCUUGAAUGAAUUUGGAGACUCCUCAGUAAUUGAAAAGUCAGUCACGAUACAGGACCAGAACGAAAGUGUGCAAGAGUGGCUAGAUAUUGGCAAUGGUUGUUUAUGUUGCACAGUUAAGGAUAAUGGGGUAACAGCAAUCGAAAACUUGGUGGAAAACUCAAGAGACAAGAUUGACUACAUCCUAUUGGAAACAACAGGUAUUGCCGAUCCGGCGCCCAUUGCCAAAAUGUUUUGGCUUGAUGAAGGACUCGCUUCGAAUAUCUAUAUUGAUGGUGUUAUAACAGUUGUUGAUUCCGAAAAUAUUCUCACUUGCUUGAAUGAUGUAGGUGGACAUUGGCAUAAAGAACACGAUUUGGAACCAAUUGAAGAAGGUGUCACAACUGCACAUUUACAAGUUGCAUUGGCAGAUGUGAUUUUAUUGAACAAAUCUGACAAGAUUGAAGAUCACACCGAGAUAAUUGCUAGACUAAAAAGCAUAAACCAAACAGCCCCAAUAUAUCCCACAAGCUUUGGAGAUAUUGAUCUUGACAAGAUUUUGGACCUACAUGCAUUUGAAGCAAAUACUAGAUUGUCGGAAUUUAAUGCGUCAUUUCAUGACGGCAGAAUCACAACAAUCACUAUAGACUUUCCCUUUUUCAAAAAUCAAAGUGGAUUUGGGAAAAUUGAAAAGUUUCUUCAGCAUGUUCUAUGGGAGAACAAAGUAAAUGAUAAAGAGGUUGAAAUACAUCGGUUGAAGGGUGUAUUGGUCUACAAAGAUGAUAUUAGAGUCGUUCAAGGCGUUAGAGAAACCUAUGAAAUUAUAGAAAAUGGUACGCUAUUGGAUGAGAUAAAACAAAACAGGUUGGUCUUUAUCGGUAAAGAUCUAAAUCACAAUGAUUUGGUAAUUGAAUUAAAUAGGUUCAUAUAG